CCCCACAGGCCGCUCCCGAGAUGCUCUAGGAGCUAAAGGAGCCAUUUUGGGCCGCGGACGGGGCUCGGGCCGCUCUCUCUCUCUCUCUCUCUCCCCCCACUCCCUCUGCCCGGGGACCCCCGACAUCAGCGCGGGCGGCGGGGCCUCUCUCUCACCGCCUCCCAGCCCGCACUCCCCUCCCCUCCCCUCCCCGCCGCCCCCCGCGUUAGGAAGCUGCUGCUGGUGGAGGCCGCGGGUGUGUUCAUGCUGCGAUCAGGUGUCACCUCUGAAAGUUCGCCUCAGGAAGAGCGACAAACUGCUGUUGUUGUGGCCGCGCACUGCAGCCAUCCCAAGAAGAGAGUCCGUUCGGCGGAGUCCGGAGAGCCGGAAAGUCUCAGCGGUUCUUACCAUAAAGCCGCCUCCUCCUCCUCCCUCUCCCUCUCCCCCUCCCCCCAGCAAACCCCUCAGCACAACCACAACCACCUCAAGAAGAGGCAGCGGGCGGAGGAGCCGCUGGAGUGUGUGGUGUCGGACAUGGCCGAGGAGGGCCAACACAAGAAGGCCAACUUCUCAGCUCUGGUCGGCCACACCAAUGGCCUCACCAAGUCCGCCACUCUCACCGGGAAACCGGGGACGUCUAAGAAAUUAGUCAUCAAAAACUUUAAAGAUAAACCUAAAUUGCCUGACAACUACACUCAAGAUACUUGGCAGAAACUCCAUGAAGCAGUUGGAGCCAUUCAAAGAAGCACAUCUAUUAAAUACAAUCUGGAAGAGCUUUAUCAGGCUGUUGAAAAUCUGUGUUCCUAUAAAGUGUCACCAACACUGUACAAACAACUGAGACAAGCCUGUGAAGAUCACGUGAAGGCACAGAUUCAUCAAUUCAGAGAGGAUUCCCUGGAUAGUGUUCUCUUUCUGAAGAAGAUUAACAAAUGUUGGCUGGAUCACUGUAGGCAAAUGAUUAUGAUUAGGAGCAUUUUCUUAUUUCUGGACCGAACGUACGUUCUGCAGAGUUCAAUGCUUCCAUCUAUCUGGGAUAUGGGUUUAGAGCUUUUCCGAACCCACAUCAUCAAUGACCGAAUUGUACAGAGCAAAACCAUUGAUGGAAUACUUUUGCUGAUUGAAAGAGAGCGAACUGGGGAGGCUGUGGACCGAAGCUUGAUAAGAAGUCUGUUAAGCAUGUUGUGUGAUUUGCAGGUUUAUCAGGAAUCAUUUGAACAUAGGUUUUUGGAGGAGACUAAUCACUUAUAUGCAGCAGAAGGCCAAACACUAAUGCAAGAAAGAGAGCAGGUACCAGAAUAUCUUCACCACGUAAACAAACGUUUGGAAGAGGAAUCAGACCGAGUAAUUACUUACUUGGAUCAAAGUACACAGAAAAGGUUGGUUGCCUGUGUAGAGAAACAGCUUCUUGGAGAACAUCUGACAGCUAUUCUUCAGAAAGGUCUUGAUAAUCUACUUGAUGAGAAUCGAGUGGCAGACCUCACUCUUCUUUACCAGCUGUUUAGCAGGGUUAAAGGUGGAUUGCAGGUACUUCUGCAGCACUGGAGUGAAUAUAUUAAGACCUUUGGCACAACAAUAGUGGUUAAUCCUGAAAAGGAUAAAACAAUGGUUCAAGAGCUAUUGGACUUUAAAGACAAAGUGGAUCAUGUAAUUGAUGUAUGUUUCAUAAAAAAUGAGAAGUUCAUCAAUACAAUGAAGGAAGCUUUUGAGACUUUUAUUAACAAGAGACCAAACAAGCCUGCUGAAUUGAUAGCCAAGUAUGUAGAUUCAAAGUUGCGAGCUGGUAACAAAGAAGCAACCGAUGAAGAACUGGAGAGAAUGCUGGAUAAAAUCAUGAUAAUAUUUCGAUUUAUUCACGGUAAAGAUGUAUUUGAGGCCUUUUAUAAGAAAGAUUUGGCUAAGCGGCUGCUGGUUGGAAAAAGUGCUUCAGUAGAUGCUGAGAAAUCAAUGUUAUCCAAACUGAAACACGAAUGUGGUGCAGCCUUCACCAGUAAACUAGAGGGAAUGUUCAAAGAUAUGGAACUAUCUAAAGACAUUAUGGUUCAUUUUAAACAGUAUGUGCAAAAUCAUAAUGACCCUAGCAAGAUAGACCUCACAGUCAACAUUCUGACAAUGGGUUAUUGGCCGACGUACAUACCCAUGGAGGUACAUUUGCCGGCUGAGAUGGUAAAACUCCAGGAGAUUUUUAAGAUAUUUUAUCUGGGAAAACACAGUGGCAGAAAACUACAGUGGCAACCAACUUUAGGACAUUCUGUUUUGAAAGCCGAAUUCAAAGAGGGUAAAAAGGAACUUCAGGUUUCAUUGUUCCAAACAUUGGUGCUGCUCAUGUUUAAUGAAGGGGAUGAAUUCAGCGUGGAAGAAAUCAAAACAGCUACUGGUAUAGAGGAUGGUGAAUUGAAAAGAACAUUGCAGUCAUUAGCCUGUGGCAAAGCUCGUGUUUUGAACAAAGCUCCAAAGGGAAAAGAUGUAGAAGAUGGAGACAAAAUUAUCUUCAAUGAUGACUUUAAACAUAAAUUGUUCAGAAUAAAGAUUAACCAAAUCCAGAUGAAAGAAACUGUUGAGGAACAAACUAGCACCACAGAGAGAGUGUUCCAGGAUAGACAGUACCAAAUAGAUGCUGCUAUUGUUCGAAUCAUGAAAAUGAGAAAAACGCUCAGUCAUAACCUCCUUGUUUCAGAACUUUACAACCAGUUAAAAUUUCCAGUGAAGCCUGGAGACUUGAAGAAAAGAAUCGAGUCACUUAUUGAUCGUGACUAUAUGGAGAGGGACAAAGAUAAUGCCAACCAAUACCACUAUGUGGCAUAAAAGUAUGAACUAGGACUUUAUUGUCAACACUAGACUUCAACUUUGAAUGUUAAUAACAUCUCAAGACCAUUGAAUCAAUCUAAAGCUGUUCCAGACUUUCUCAGCUGAUUGUUGGAUUGUGGCACAUAAUUCAACCAGCUGUAUACAUGUCUGUGGAUGAUGAAGUAAAGGAAACACCCCUUGCAGCUGUGUAUGUGUUUUUUUGUGUGUUCUACUUUGUUUUCCUAAGCGUUUUAUUCACACAGGAAUAUGAAAGAGGUGCAGGUAUACACAUGAAGCAACAGUCAAGGCACUUCUCUGAGAACCCAUUCUCCAUUUCCUAUUUCUUCCAACCUCGUCAUUGAUCUAUUGUGGAACUGGCUACAUUCAGCUUUGGUUUUCAGUUCAGAUUUAUACAGUUUGAUUUUUGAUCCUCAGUAUAACACUUGGAUCUGUUGAUAUGCUGGUAUUGUUCAUCAAUCUCGUGCAAGUAGGAUGCUUCACAGUAUAAUACAAUUCUUAGGGUUUCCAAGAGGUUACAAUAUCUACUGUAUUUGUACAGUGAUAAUGAAAAAGAUCCUUUUUUAAAAAAAAUGAAAAUGAUCAAAAUGUUCAACUAUGAUAAUUGUUAAAUUACAUUUUCAUGAGGAAUGGUGGGAGCCAUCGAGUUUCUCCCUCUCUGCCCAAACACUUGCUUAAGUGUACAGCAUUUUGAAGUUUUAUGUUUAUUUUGUCUAUGUAGUUUAAAAUAUGCCAUAUUAAGAUGAGAAUUUGCUGGAAAUCCUUGAGAAGUGCCAAAUAGAAAGAUUGUAGCUUUUCAACCAUAUCUUGCUAAAAUCCUCUUGCUAGAAAAAUUAAAUUGUUAGUGUUAAAAACUGCCAACUACCCUUUGCCUCAUUUAUUUAAUGCUAGUCUUGUUAUUGACAUUUGUGGUAGGUAGAAUUAAGCCAAAAGACUACUCACUAGUUGUAUGACUACCACCAGAGAAAAUUAAAGAAGUCAAUCUUUCUUUUGGCAAUUUAAAGAUUUAUGUUUCUUUUUCAAAAUAGGUUUGUGUUUUUUUUAAUGACACUACUCAAUUCUUCAUAAAAUGGUUUUGCUUUCACUGAUGUCCUCCGACAGCACUUUCACAGAAAAUCCUAAAACUUUUUCUUUGCAGAACUGUACAUAUAAGAGCUGAAAAUGGCUUUGUACAAUAUAGUAUGAAUAACUGAUCCUUUGCAUUCCUUCACAUUGUAACUCAUUCAGAUUGCUAAUGAUCAGUUUAGUUGUGAAGGAGGUCAGUUGGAACUUAGUGAGUUUUUUUUGUGAUAACUUGUUACAUAUUGUAAAUAUGUUGUCUCUUGGUUUUAAAGAAAUAAAGAUCCUAAGAAUUAUUGGGGUCUGUGUCUUGCAA